AUGUAUGUGGAAUACACAGUUUCGAAUAGGUUGAAAUUGUGGCGUCAUCGACGGGAGCAAAAUGCAUCUCUCGUAUGGCGUCACUCUGAUUAUAGGCUCCCCACUACCAAUUAUCCUCUGUACUAUAUAACAGGACACAGAAGGGCAUGUUCUUCCAUUUCUUCAUCUGUUUUGUACUUGUAUAGUCGAGUUAGCUUUGUCGAUAUAAACGAAAAAAGCGACAGCAUAGGUAGAAACAAAUACCAGAAAGUACAAACAAAAUUGAUAAUAGAUUCAAAAUUGAUAAUGCCUGGUACACGGAGUAAGUACACAAUUCUAUACAGAAUGCAAUAUCGUUAGAUCACGAAGAAUGUAAUGAGAGCCGGAGAGAAUUUAUAAUGAGUGCACAUCUGUGUAGCCAUAAAAAGCUCUAUCCAGAGAUAAAAUAUUUGGUAAAAAGUACCAAUGAAAUGUUUUUCGAUCACAUGAAAAAUUGCUUUUACUGCUUGCCGAUAUAUCGAGCAAAUAAGAACAAGAUUAAGUCUUUAGAUUCAAAUGCGUAUAAAUGCGAUAAAAAUCAUCGCAAGAUUAUAAAAAUAUUAUCCUUGAUAUGUCAGAAGCUCAAUUAAAAUAAAAUGUUAUU